CUCUGUGCAGCCUGGGGCGCUGGGAGACUCUGCUGCAGCUCGUCCUGCAUCAUGAAGGAGACUCUGUUCAAGGGGAACUUCUGGAGUACCGAUUUAAUGAGCACAGUUGGCUACGACAGCAUCGUUCAACAUCUAAAUGAUGGCAGGAAGAACUGCAAGGAAUUUGAAGACUUUCUGAAGGAAAGGGCAACUAUAGAAGAAAAAUAUGGCAAAGAGCUCAUUAACCUGACAAAGAAGAGGCCCUGUGGGCAGACAGAAUUGAACACCCUGAAGAGAGCUCUUGAAGUUUUUAAGCAACAAGUCGAUGGUGUAGGGCAGAGUCACAUUCAGCUGGCCCAGACCCUUCGAGAAGAGGCAAGGAAGAUGGAAGACUUCCGGGAAAAGCAAAAACUUCAUCGGAAAAAGAUAGAGCUUGUAAUGGAUGCUAUUCAUAAAAAUAGGAAUUUGCAGUAUAAGAAAACAGUGGAGGCAAAGAGGCUGUAUGAGCAGCGAUGCAGGGAUAAAGAUGAAGCAGAACAGGCCGUGCACCGCAAUGCAAACCUUGUAACACAAAAGCAACAAGAAAAGCUGUUUGUAAAGUUGGCUCAGAGCAAGUCAGCUCUGGAAGAUUCUGAUAGGCAAUACCAGCUGAAUGUUGGUGCGCUUGAGAAGAUCAGAGAAGAAUGGCAGAAUGAACACACUAAAGCCUGCGAGUUCUUUGAGACCCAGGAGUCUGAACGGAUAAACUACUUCCGCAAUGCACUGUGGCUGCACCUUAACCAGCUCUCUCAGGAGUGCGUCCGGAGUGAUGAGCGAUAUGAAGAAACCCGUAGGAGUCUAGAAAUGUGCAGCAUUGAGAAGGAUAUUGAAUUUUUUGUAAAUUUCCGUAAAACCGGAAGUGUGCCCCCAGCUCCUGUGGUCUAUGAAAAUUACUAUAACACACAAAGAAAUGCAACUACAAUGAGAAAUCAGGCCCCAGCACCUGGGAUAGGGAGGAGGGGGCCGUUACCAAUUCCUGCGAGUGGGCCAGGUGACCCUGAUUAUGCUACGGUUGAUGGUUACAGUUUAAUACAUCAGUAGCAUGAGCUGGUCUCAAAGCUGCUUGCCCAGUCGUGCCACUGAGUGCAAAAAUUAGUCAUCUGAGCCACCCAUCAGAGACGGUGUAUUCAGUUGCAAUUCCAGCAUCGGGCACAGUGACACAGCAUGGAACUGUUUCUUCUUAUAAAAAAUAUUUUAAAACUCUAGGAUAUUUUAUAUGUUUUGAGGAUCCACACGAGGUCCAACAAGGUCCCUCUUCCUUCACGGCGACAAACUACAAGGGCUGAUGUCCUAAUUUCGAGGUCAGAAAGGAGGACAUUGAAUCUCUGAAUAAUAUUCGCUGAACCAACAGAAUCUCCCCUAUCAAUAAGAGAGGCUUGUGUUCUGGUGUUGGUGACAGUUCUUUGUGAUGUGCAAACCUCUGUGUGGAAGACUCUAAAGGAUUUAAAAAAAAGGAAUCUCCUCUCACCAUGACGACUGAGAAUUAACAUGUGCUGCCAAUGGGAAUCCUGUGCAGGGCUUUGGCCAUAGCACACAGGUCAAAGUAGACUGGAUUUUCACCAGGCUGAUUAAGAUCAUAGCCUAGCCCUAAUUGUGGGAGUGCUCAUUAGACUGCUUACCCAUGGCAACGCUGAGAGUUAGAACUCGAGAGGUAUUUAUAUGGCUGUACUGUGCAUUGGCUCCAGGCUACGCAGUGAUGUUGGAAGAAGCUGAUUCAUAUCCUGUCUCUAUCUAUCACUCUUCAGGCGCCUGUUUGGAUUACAUGAAUGGUCUGUUGACUUCAAUAUGGGUUCUGAUGAGAGGAAGGUGAACAAGUUAUGGCCCUUCAGUAGUUACCUACCACCCUUCCCUGGUUCUGCAGUAGCACAGCAGUACAAUACAGAACCAUCCUUGCAGGUCCAGGCUGGUAACCCCUCCAUUCUUGAAUAACAGGAGGACAUGAGCUGGCCCUCUGGAGAACUACAUCUGAAGGCAGGGCUUGCUGCUGUUCAGCUCCCCGCCACCAGGGCCGGCUCUGGCUUUUUUUCUGCCCCAAGCGCAAACAAAAGAAAAAAAGAAAAAAACCUGUGGGGCGGCUGGAGCACGAGUUCAGGGGACUCCCGGUGCUGCAGACAUGCCCCGAGGAGGGAGAAGGAGGGGAGAGAAAAGGGGGAUGGCCAGGCCUUCCGCCACGCCGCCUGCUGGGAGGGCUCCACACCGCUUCAGUCGGUGGGGUGGGAAGGAUGCGGGCUGCCCUGCCAGGCUUGCUACAGACCUGGCACCAGCUGGGGCAGACGGAGGGCGGAGCCCGCUCCCAGCAGGGCACUCCCCUCCUCUGCGCUGCUGCCCCCUACAGGGCAGCCGGAGCGGCGAACAAAAAGAAAAAAAGGAUUCGAGGGAAUGCCGCCCCUUAGAAUCUGCUGCCCCAAACAUGAGCUUGCUUGGCUGGUGCCUGGAGCCGGCCCUGCCCGCCACUUAUCUUGCUCUCGACAGAUUCUGCAAACUCCAAACAGGCUAAUCUGUGUGAGCAGCUGGACUCUUGGGUGCAUGUUUUGAGCAGGACCCAGAGUCAGAAUCUCAUGAGGUUUUGCCCAUUGGAGGCAACAAUUCAGGCACAUCGUCAGCUGCUUCUUCUAUCUCUUGCAUCCCAUUGUCCAAUACGCUUGAAAAUAACUAAUAUUUUCUUAUUGCCUUUUCCUGUCUCCAUUUAGCAAACCUUUUCCCCCUCUCCCAUUUCUUGGGGUCUGAUUCUGCUCCCAUUGAAGUCAAUAGCAGAAUUCCCAUUUGUUAUCAAUGUUGUGGGAUCUGGCUCUUCCGUUUCUAAUAAAGCCCAAACUAACUUGGUUCCUGUUGUUGGCUUAGCUGCAAAGCUCAUUGCCUGACCAGAACUUCCCCAGCCUUCAUGUCCAUCUCCAUUGGCUGUUACCUGCAGGGCCGGCUCCAGGCACCUGCCCAGCAAGCAACUGCUUGGGGUGGCCAACGGUGAGGGGUGUCACAUCCGGGUCUUCGGUGGCAAUUUGGCACCAGGUCCCUCACUCCCUCUUGGAGCAAAGGACCAGCCGCCGAAUUGCCACUGAAGCAGUGGCAGUAGAGCUGCAGAUUGCGAUUUUUUUUUUUUUUCCCUGCUGUUUGGGGCUGCAAAAACUCUGGAGGCAGCCCUGGUUACCUGUCAGGUGCACAGACACUGAUGAAGUCUGCCCAUUUGUGUGUCGCUCUUGGUGCCAGUGUAUACAGGUUUUAAUUUCUUGCUGUAGAGCAACAGGAAUGAGUCUGCAUCAAAUUGCGUCUGAGCUCUGUGUGUACAAACCUUUGUUUCCUUGUGUGGGAAAGACCCCAAUGUGAUAAGUGAGGUUUGAAUUCUGCCCUGCUACAUUUUAAUGAUCUGUACGAAAUGCACAGUUAGAGGAAUAUGUUGUCUUAUAAAAAAAGACCUUUAAAUAUCCUGAUAUAAUUUUAUAUUGUAGAUUAUUUUGAAUCUCGUGUGUGCGUGUGUGUACGUACACACACACACAC